CGCUCGCCGCCCUGGCAACGGUCAGCGGCCAUGGAGGAGUCGGCGAGCUCUGAGGCGUCCUUCUGCCUGCAGAAAAUUACAAUAACAGACUACUCUAAAGAUGAUUAUCAGUACGAAGAGGUUCCAGCAGAUGAUGAGUUUAGUCUUCAGGAAGAUGACGAGGAUCUGUCAAAGGCUCUGCAGACUAUUCAAGAGCAGACUGAAGAUGCCCACAUUUUAGCUUUGCAAUCAGUUCUGACCUCAGAGAAAUCAGUGUCUGAAAUUCCUGAAGCGAUGGAUGACUACUUCUGCAAUUUUCUGGUCAGACUGGGGAUGUCUAGAACCCUUGACUGCUUCCAAACUGAAUGGUAUGAGCUGAUAGAGAGAGGUGCCUUCACAGCCAAAGAUGUCGGACUGGUGCCAACUGUGUAUACCCAGAACCAGCAACUUCAGGCUGAGAACAUGCGUUUGAGGAAAGAUCUGGACAACUAUAAACUUGCUGCUAACAAAGCAAAAGAGGCUUUCUUAAAAAUGCAGAAAGAACGUGACUUCCAUCGAAUGCAUCAUAAGCGAGUGGUCCAGGAGAAAAACAGGCUUAUCUGUGACAUUAAAAGGCUGAAGGCACAUUAUGCAUCCUAUGAACCAGUGCUGAAGCAGCUGACUGAAAAAUACCAGACUACACUGAGACAGAAAAUGUUAACUAGUUUGGAGAGAGACAGAGCAGUUGGACAGGUUACAGGUUUACAAGCUACAUUACAUAGCUUAGAGUCUGGAUAUGCAGUUCAGAGUCCUGUGACAAAAGGCCAUGAAUGUGAAAGGAAAAAAGGUUUAGAGGGUCCCACCCAGAAAGCUCUUCAGGAAGCCAGGCAGCAAAAAAUGCUUGAUGCUGAAAGGUCUUCAUAUGGUCCAGUUAAAGAUUCUGUGAAGAUAGGCAAGAGAUAUCCAAAGGAUUCAGAGUUUCCUGUAGAUACUCAGGCAAACUCAUUCCUUGCUCGUGCUAAAGAAUGUACUCAACCCCUGAAGUCUGGAGAGUAUAAACUGGGCAACACUCUAAAAGUGCACGACUUAGCAGUGAGCUGCCUGGCCAUACAUCCCCAAAAAGAUGUUGUAGUCACUGGCAGUGAUGACCGCCUCUGGAAAAUGUGGGCUUUACCUGAUGGGAACAUCAUCAUGACAGGUGAAGGUCACACUGAUUGGCUUUCGGGCUGCUGCUUCCAUCCAAGUGGCACCCAGUUGGUCACCUCUAGUGGAGAUGCAACAGUGCGGAUCUGGGACCUUUCAAAGGGUGGAUGCAUUCUGACUUUGGAAGGACAUGCCCAAGCUGUAUGGGACUGCUCGUGGCAUUCCUGUGGUGAUUUUGUGGCUUCUGCCUCUAUGGACAGCACCAGUAAAAUAUGGGACGUGAACAGUGAGAGAUGCAGAUACACUCUGCGUGGCCAUAAGGAUUCGGUCAAUAGCAUCGAAUUUCUUCUGUUCUCCAACAUGGUUCUCACGAGCUCUGCUGACAAGACUUUAUCUCUCUGGGAUGCCAGAACGGGUUUCCGUGUUCACACGUUCUACGGUCACCUGCAUUCGUGUAACCAUGCUACGUUCAACAUGAAAGGUGAUACGAUCGCUUCCUGUGACUCCCGCGGCAUGCUGAAGCUCUGGGACAUUCGGCAGUCAGUCCCCAUCACGUCCGUCGAUGCCGGCCCCCGUCCUGCCAACCAGGCUGCCUUUGAUUACUCUGGUCACGCCAUGGCUGUGGCGAGCAGCGACGGAUCCGUGAAGGUGCUGUACCUGGAGCUGGGACAGCUCUCCAGCCUGCGGGGCCACGGCGAGGAAGAAGUGCACAGUGUUGCCUUCGAUCACAAGGCAGGGCGGCUGCUUUCGGGGGGUGCUGACGGUACACUUUGCCUCUGGACCUGAGGACCAGCGUGCUGUUUUCACGUAACCUUAACCUCGAGGAUUUACGGGGGGGAAAAAUGAUUUGACAGCGUUGCAGAGAGGGCUUAGUGAAGUGUUUCCAUAGUUAAUGUUUUCAGGGAGCAUAAGUGCCUGAGAGGAGCAUUAUUCU